AUCUGUGGUUUGUGUUGUGGCUGUGAAAUCUGAAAUUGCAAUUUAUGGUUCUCUCAUCAGAAACAGGAAAAGCGCUCGUCUAAUCCAACACCUCCGCUUCGCGAAGCUUCUCUCGACUCUACCGUCCUUGCCGCUUUCUUCUUCCACCAACAACACUGACCCUCCGCUCUCGCUUAUUCUUACAUGUCAGUGCUCAAUUUGGGAACUGAUCAGAUUGUUUUUGCCUUCCAUGGGAAACAAAAUGGGGAAGCAAGAGAAGGAUGAUGUAAUAUUUUUGAAGAUCGUACCUCCUGUGGACCAGGUAUAUGCCAAGUGGCUUGCUAGAGAUGUUGAGAGAAUUCAUCGCUUUGUUCCGAAACAUACUCGUGCAGUAAAGCCACCGGAUCAUUAUGUGGAGUACAUGAAGUUGAAUGGAUUGUUGGAUGUGGAUCUAGAUGAUCCUGCUCUUGCGCAUUUGUUCAAGUAGAUAUAUAAUCUCAGAUCUGUAUGCAAUUCAGAGAAGUAGCAUGAGUUGAUAUACUUGCAUUGCAUUGUGAAUAACUGAAUAUAUUGAUGUUUAUUUUCCUGUCUUUCAUUGCUUUUUCCUGUAAGAGUUUCUAGAGUUUUUGUUUCUUAAAAUCUUUGUUUGGAUAGAUGACAAAGAGAAUGAUUGCUUGGGAGUGAUUUGAAGAAAGUUGCUAUAUUUAUAGUUCAA